UUUCCCAGGAGGCAUUGCCCAUUCAAAAUGGCCGCCGCCGUCUGAAAACAUGAACUUUGCCCCAAAACUUCAACAUUUCUGCACGAAACCUGCCUUGUUUGGGUGUUUUAUAAAGAGAGAAGGGUCCAGAGGGAUACAUGUGAGAAGAAUGAGCACAGCAGGGAAGCCAAAUGUGUAUGUGACUCGUAGGAUACCGCAGAAAGCGCUGGACUUGCUGCAGGGAGAAUGUAGUGUGGCCCAGUGGGAUGCAGAUGACCCUGUUCCCAGGGUAGAACUGCUGAAGGGAGUGAAGGGUAUAGAUGGGCUGUACUGUCUGCUGACAGAUAAGAUUGAUGCAGAGGUGCUGGAUGCAGCAGGACCAGGACUGAAGGCAGUGAGCACCAUGUCUGUGGGGUUUGACCAUAUUUCAUUGCCAGAACUCAGGAAAAGGAAGCUCCCACUAGGCUAUACUCCAGAUGUGUUAACAGAUGCAACAGCAGAGCUGACAGUUGCCUUGCUGCUCACCACAAGCAGGAGGCUGGUCGAGGGAGUCCAUGAGGUCAAAAGUGGUGGUUGGGGCACGUGGAUCCCCCUGUGGAUGUGUGGUUCAGGACUGUCUGGCAGUACCGUGGGGAUUGUAGGCCUGGGUAGGAUAGGUGCUGCAGUAGCUGAAAGACUGAAACCAUUUGGAGUUUCCAGGUUUCUGUACCAUGGCAGGAACCCCAAACCGGAGGCAGCUGGGAAGGUUGGAGCAGUGCAUGUUGAAUUGGAGGAGCUCUUGUCAGAGUCAGACUUUGUGAUUGCGACCUGCGCCCUUACACCUGAGACCAAGGAAAUGUUUAACAAGACCGUCUUCAGCAAGAUGAAAUCUUCUGCAAUCUUUAUUAACACAAGCAGAGGAGGUGUGGUUCACCAGGAGGACCUGUAUGAGGCCCUGAAGAGGGGAACCAUCAAGGCAGCAGGACUGGACGUCACCACGCCAGAACCACUUCCUACUGAUCAUCCACUCCUAACUCUGGACAACUGUGUUGUCCUGCCACAUAUCGGCAGCGCUACAGUGGAGACGCGGACAGAGAUGGCUGUCUUGGCCGCACGUAACCUGCUGGCUGGAUUAAAGGGAGAGAAGAUGCCAGCACAGGUUCAACUUUGACCCCGUACACUGCAACAUUGACCUCAAUUAGCAUAAAACAUCAAACGUAACAAUUUUGGUAAUGUCUUGAUCAAAUUGUGGUGUAGAUACUCAUGUCGAUGCAUGUUUGAUGGUUUGAAAUUAAUGUGAGGAAACCUCUAUCUAAAUACUUUAUUGUGAAAAUGUAACGAAAUGCCCAAAGUGUACUGCAACUAGAUCUACCUGUAUACAGUUGGUAUUAUGAAGGCAAAAAAUGAAGCUGCUUGUCCGAUAAAAGUUAUCUGAAACAAUUUGUGCAAGCAGCAAUUUAAGAAUGUUAAAUACGGGAGGUACCUUGUUGUACACAUAAAAAUCAUGAAGGCUGCAUAAAAUAUGAAGCAUGUAAAUACCCACUUUAUCAAGAUAAAAAUACAAGUGAUCGAACAGUUU